AUUAUAGGUUAUUCUUGCUAAUUUCUUAAUUCAUUCUUAUCAAAACAGGUCAUUAAGUAUAUGACAACGUAGCAGCAAAUAGUAGCUAGAAUCAAACACUUGGCAGCAGUUCUAGCAGUAUGUUACAAGUGUGUAUGUAUUUCCUGUGAAAGUUAAAUCGAAAAUUAAAUAUAAUAAAAUAAUAUGGCCAAACCUGUUACCGUGUCUUCCAUUAGUGGAAUCCUAUCAAUUAUAUUGUCACUGUAUAUUACAGUUUCGUUCUCAGCUUCAGUAAGAAAUAUUCCUGACUACCAAGGACUUUAUAAUGCAAGUGAUGAUGUGGAAGAACUUACGGAAAAUAUUUUUAACAGAAAUGUUUACAGAAGUAAUCGUGCAUGGUUGGUAGAAUUUUACAAUACUUGGUGUGGACAUUGUCGGAAAUAUGCACCAACAUACAAAGCAGUUGCUGAAUAUUUCAAAGAGAGUAAAGACCUACUUGUUAUUGCUGCUGUUGAUUGUUCUAAUGAAGUCAACGAACCUACCUGUCGAUACUUUGAAAUCAUGGGUUAUCCUUCACUGAGAUAUUUCCAUGAAAACUAUAUUGAAGGUCCUCAAAACUUGGGUCUAACCGUUAAGAAAGCAGAUGAUGAUAUCUCUACUAACAUCAAACUGGUUAUAGAUACUCUCAUUGCUGAACAAGACGGAGGUCGAGCACUUAUGAUACCCAAACUAAAUCCUUAUAAUUAUACUGAUGUAUCAAAAGUAUUUGAUUCUGCAACACCUGAAGUGAAAUUUGCAAUUUUAAUAAUUGAGAAUGACAGUUUUUUCGGAGCUCAAUCAAUUUUAAUGUUUCAUAAAGUGCCAAAUAUUCUGAUUACAUAUGCCUUAAAGUCUAAUAUUGCAUUGACUAAUUCCUUGACUGUAACAGAGGACUUACCUGCAAUGAUAAUUGUUAGUCGUGAAAAUUUAGAAGUGAAGAAAAAGUUUACAAACAUAGUUUCUGCAAAGGAUCUAAUACUUCAAUUUUUGAAAGAUGAGGGGAUUCAAGUAGAGAAGUAUAUCUCGAAUGAUAUUGAUAAAAAUGAAAGCAUACUGAUUGAUAAGGAUGCAAAGAAGACUGAAGAACAUGACAUGAUUGACAAAGUGAAAAAAAUGGGUGAUGUAGUUUUUCAAAUGGAUUUGGAAACAGCACUCCGAUUUUCUCUUAGACAAGAAAUAGGCAGAACAAAGAUUAUUGAAGGUGAUAAAUUGAAUGCUUUGAGGGCAUACUUGAAUGUACUGGUCAAAUAUUUUCCCAUGGGUAAAAAGGGACAUUAUUUCCUUAAAGAUUUAAGUUCUUUAGUAACUAACAGUGACUCUGUAAAAGGAACAGAAAUAUCUGCACUUAUAAAAGAUUCAGAAAAACAAGAAAAGUUCAUUUGGUCAUCACCUAAAGAAUGGCUUGGAUGUAAAGGAAGUCAACUUGAAACAAGAGGUUAUCCUUGUGGGGUUUGGACUAUGUUCCAUUAUUUAACUGUAAAUGCAGCAGAACAAAAUAUUGGAAAAGCAAAAGCUGAUCCUAAAGAAGUUUUAAGUGCAAUGCAUGGCUACAUAAAGUAUUUCUUUGGAUGUGCAGAUUGCAGUCAACAUUUUCAAGCAAUGGCAGCUGAGAGAAAAAUUAAUGAAGUAUCAUCGUACAGUGAAUCUAUUAUGUGGUUAUGGGCUGCUCAUAAUGUUGUUAACAAGAGGUUAGCUGGAGAUCCAACAGAAGAUCCUCUUUUCCCAAAAACACAAUUUCCACGUGCUGAACAAUGUCCAGAAUGUAGAUACACAAAUGGAUCAUGGAAUUACAAUCAAGUCGAAAAUUAUAUGAAGCAUAUUUAUUCCAGCAUCAAUGUUAGGUACAUAGGAUCUGACAUGAAGGUUAUCCAUUUCAAUGAAGAAGCCUCUAAUGUCAAUUCUAAUGGGAUAUUGGGUCCUGUUGAUAGCAAUUGUAAAUGGUUGAUAAUGCUCUCAUUUUACCUUGGCUAUGUCCACGCCAGUCAUUGAUUUCACCAGCAUAGGCAUUCUGGUCACAAUAUCCAGUACCUCUCCGGUCAGUUUAGCUGCCCCUACAUCACCUGAUCCAGUAGACACCAUGGUUAUUUUCUUAGCUUGGGACAAUGGGGCCGCAACCUCGGCAGCAACCUAAUAAAAUACAUAUUUAUAUUAAUUAUUAUUAAUACGAUAUUCUAUAUUUUUACAGAAAUUCUCAAAAGCUAGUAGAAAGACAAAGGAGCUUUAAGAAAUUUAAACAGAAGACUUAGGUGAAUAUUUUCAUAGACAGACAAAGAAAAAAAUUGUAAACAAAAAAUUUAAACGAGCCAGACACUUCGAGAAGAAAAAUGUUGAUAGUGAAGGAGUUGAAACAUCUUGCCUGAAACCUCAAAUAUUAAAAUAAAAAUUGGAUUACCACCUCUGAGAGAAAAGAGGUAUUUAAAAAUAAAUGCCGCAUUUUUACGUGUUGUUUGGUUUUGUCUGGUAACUUUGCAAAAAAAAUCAAGAAAGAAAAAUAACCGUUUUCUGAAGAUCUUUCCUGGAUUAUUGUGAUUUUAAUGUAGAAUUAUUUAAAAAAAUUGUAAAAAAAAUAUGUAAUUAUUCUAUUUACUUGCGAAUUCGCAUUGUGAUAUCUUCUGUAUGAAGGAAUAUUAUGUGAAAAAAUAAUGACAAUAACAUUGACUUCUUUCACCUUUUAAAAUUACCAUGAAUAUAUACACAUACAGUUUUAGUUAAUUUCAAGGAAGAAAUAUUCUAGUAUAACUAAAAAACAAAAUGCUUGUGUAUACUAGCAGAAAAUGGUAGGAAUCAUUACAUUUGCAGUUAUUGUAGUUAGUUUAUGAUGAAGGUAAUAAUAUCCUAAGGUAACUAAGGUUUUAUAUUAUUUUCUAAUAAAACGGUAUGGGAACUAAUAAAGAUAUUUUGAUUCA